AUGGCUACGGGGCCAACAGAGGUCACACAGUCACCUGAAACAGGAGAGACAGUUGAAGAGUGCACAGGAAAGAAAAAAUCCAAAUUUCAGACUUUCAAGAACUUCUUUGCCAAGAAGAAAAGGAAAGAGCCUCCACCUCCCAGGGGGGAGAGUAAUUUAAAACCUAGCCAGUCCAGCAGCGAUGUCAGCAUCUCUGUGCUCGACACUACUGCGCUUCAUUCACCGAAGGAGGUUGGGCCCAAAGGAAGCAUGGGAAACAAAGCUUUGUCCCAUGACAGCGUCUUCAUUUUUGAGUCUGCACCAGGAAAUGUGGCAGGUGACAUGUUGUCUCAGGAAAACAUACCAGGAAGAGUGAAAACUUUGCAGCUUCAAUUGCAGCAGAACAUCAGACUUGGAUCGCCUCCUCUUGUUAUAACUGGAAAGAAACUGGAAGAUGCAGGUGCUGUUUCUGAAGAUGAUGGUUUACCUAGAAGCCCUCCUGAAAUUUCAACCCUUCAUGAUGUUCUGACAGACUCACCAAGCAAGUCCUCCAACCCUGUUCAGCGUCAUAGCUCUUUGAGUUUAGGCGGGACAGACAGUGAAGAUGAACAGAUACCUUCUGGAGCUUCUUCCAGGCCCAUCAGUCCGUCAUCCUCUGCCACUCUGGGGGCCCCCGGCUCACGAGGCAGCAGCUUCCUUCCCGUUGACUUCACCAUCCCUGCCAGUCCCCUUGGCUGCCUGGACACCUCAGCAGCCAGGCACAGGAUUGCCAUAAACCCCCGGAAACAGAAAGGCUUUACGAACAAGAAUCAGCAAACCCCGCAGGUGGAACAGCUGGAAAAUGAAGCAUGUCUUCCUGCAACUCCAGAAAAGAAGGGAAAUUCAACAGAAUUACUUGAGGGUGACGAGCAUAAAAGUGAUUGGGAAGGAUUAUCAGCCCAGGUGGGACACUGUGCAAAGGGAAGUGGUUCUAAGGAGACACCAGGUAUAAAAAGUCCCACUGAUGCUGCCCGUGACUUUUGUGAUUCCACACUUGUGGCAGAAGACUCUUGUGCUUUGCUGCAAGAGGAUGCGUGCCUUCCAGACAUGGACCAUCACUAUAAAGCAGCUGCACCCCUUCUGAGACCUGAGCCUUCUCCAGUGAACCUGGAGGAACACCACAGUGCAAAAGUGUCGUACUGUUCAGAUGAGUCUGCUGAUGAAUUGAAAUUACAUCAGCAAAGUACCAAUACUGAAGUAUCUGCACUUCCAAAAUUGCAACAAAUUGAAGGAGAAGCUGUUGUGUUUCCAGACGUACUAGCAGCUGACUUGUUUAGCAAUGGUGUGGAAACAGAGGGCAUAGAUAUAUUGGCAGAUAUUGCACAGAGGUCCUCAGUAAAUUCUGUGGACCCAAACAUCAAAGACCAGGGAAAGGGGGAUUCACUGUUUAUUGGCAAAGUAGAAGCCUGCUUGGGUACUAUUGAGAAUCAUUCCAACCAUGCUGUCUCAGAUACUGCACCAAGCACUUCACAGGUUACAGUACCUGAUUCAGAGUCAUCUGACAUCAAGACAGUGGCUGUUUUGAAGCCUGAAAACAGUUCAGUAACAAGAAAUGACAAAGAAACUUGUGAAAUAAUGGAAUUUCAGUCAUCCAAAGGCAAUGCAGAAAAAAAAAUAGACACUGCUGCAUCUAUCUCGGAAGCAGGUUGCAUGCUACCUCCCAGUAAAUUGGAAGUAUGUUUUAAAGCAGAAGCUGUUUCUGUUUCGAAGGGUAACCAAGGCAGUCAACGGGCCAACACAUCAUACAUUUCUGAAAAAUUUUCCAUUGGAUGUCUUGCCUCUUCAAGUUUGGCUGGCUUAAAGAGUAAUAUCUCUUCUGAUGAUGACAGUAAGGAGUACCAGAUAAGCAGUACAGCUUCUCACAGAAAAACAGUGGAAGACAGUCGAUCUUCAGAUGAAAAUGUAAAAAGUCCACUGAAGACUGCUUCUGCUAAACCAGUCAGAUUUACUAUUGCACCAGCAUGGCAAAGAUCUCUCUCAGGGGGUUCAAAUUCAAAGGAAGAUUCCUAUACCAGAAGUUCCCCAACGUCCCCUAUAAGACCAGAGUUGUUUGAAGGAAUGACAAAAGAAUACACACGUUUUGAUGCAGUCAUCCAGGAAUCAGCAAAAACUAAUGCAGAUAGAUUUGAUCGAGAUUCUAAGGACAGUGAUUUGCACUUGAAUUCUUCUAUGGAGUGGGCUGACCAUGAAGCACAAAAUGUUGAAAACCCAUUUGGGGUCAGACUAAGGAGAACAUCUUCUUUACUAAAAUACCAGAAUGAAAGCCGUGCUGAGUCUCCAAAGCUGAUCCCCUCAGCUGUUCCCACUGCUGCUUCUGCUUCAGUCAAGGAGGAUCAGAAAUCAGUGGGCACUGGGAAGCCACCUCCAGGCCUUCCUGUCAGCACAAAAUCAGUUGUUAAAAAAACAGAUCUCCUAGAAGACAAAAAUCCUCCCAAGACAAGAUCAGAAGAAGUGGCAAAGAAGCAAAAUGGUCAUAAACCUUCAGAAAAAGUCUCCUCUCCACAUUUGGAAACUGCUUCCUCUGAACCAGCUUGGGUCUCCAUGGCAAAACUAAAACAAAAGGGUUUCCAGGACCACCCUCUUGCCAAAGAACAUAAAGUUGAAGACAAAGCUUUGACCAAAGUGGAUCAAGAGGAGCAAGGGAUCUGUGCUAGUGAGAACAUACUGAAGAAGAAUAUGCCUUCCAGCUUGAGUUCUCAGGACAAGAAAACGCAAGUGAAGACCAGUGUGUCUGCUGCAGCAGGUAAAGUUGGACCUAUU